AAAUAUUUCCUCCUCCUGGCCUACUCUUUAUCCUCACACUGUGGCUAAAAACUCCAAGCUCCCUCCACUCGGAAAUUCCCUCCAUCGUCCUUAUUUUCCAUGGCGACUGCAUCAAAGCUCUCCGCUACCUCAGUUCUCUUCUCCGCCUCCUCCGAGCCCCGUUUUAGGCUAACGACCAUGACACCGAAACUUCGCCGUCUUCCUUUCUCUCCACCGCCUCCGCUAUCGAGAUCCAUCCGGAAAACAUCCUGCAAGGCGACUGAAGUGACAAAGGUAGAGGGAGGGGAGGCGGGAACAGUUAAUUCCAUCGGUGAUGAUGAGGGGCUGAACUGGGUUCCUGUGGUGCCUCUAGCGGCAUUGCCGAAGGGCGAACGGCGGGUGAUUAUUCAGGAUGGAGAGACGAUAUUGCUUCUGUGGUAUAAGAAUGAGCUCUUUGCCAUUGAGAAUCGUUCUCCUGCCGAAGGAGCUUACACUGAAGGCUUACUAAAUGCCAAGCUCACCCAGGAUGGUUGCAUUAUUUGUCCUACAACAGACAGCACAUUUGAUCUUCAAACUGGGGACAUUAAAGACUGGUACCCAAAAAACCCCGUGCUGAGGGUGCUAACGCCAGCUUUGAGAAAGCUCCUUGUUUAUCCUGUAAAAACUGACAAUGAAAAUAUCUAUAUCAGCAUGGAGGGAAAUGCAAAAUCUGUUGGAUCAUCAGAGAUUGUUUUCAGUGGUAAAGCACAGCCAGGGAUUACUGCAUCGGAUGUCAAUGUUGAAGAGGUGAGAAUGGUGGUUGAUGAAAAUUUUGAAGCUUUUGGUUUCACAUCAAAGAAUGAAUUAAUAAAUGGAAAGGCUGCAAUAAUAGGCUUCCUCUUUUUGAUUGAUUUUGAGCUUUUAACUGGUAAAGGCCUUCUCAAGGGUACAGGUGUCUUGGACUUCAUCUAUGCAGUUUCGAAAGCUAUAAACUCCUAGCAGACACAGAUUUCUAAUGCUUUUGAGGGGCGCACUACUACUGGUUUAGUUUUUUGUGGUCAGAAAUACUAAUCAAGUUUAAAUUUGUGAAUCACCAAGGUUGAGGAAAUUUGUUUUAAGUUCUCCCUUCUGAAAUACUGUAUAUCGUACGAAAUCUGC